CUUUCUAUUUUAGCGUUUAUUUUUUCGUUUUAUUGUUUACCACCUGAACAAUUUGAAUAUAUAGUUAACGAAUUGGAUUAAAAAUGUAUAAAUCAUUCAUUUGUAUUUCAUCUAUAAUCUUCAUUAUUUCCAUAACAUAUAUUGAAUGCAAUGGUCAAAAUAAAGAUGAAGUUUGUUAUGGUGAAUUUGGUUGUUUUAAAAAAGCUCAAUUGAGCAACGACAUUCAAACGGCAAAUGUAUUUGGUCAUUAUCCUGAUUCUCCCGAAAAUAUUGAUACGAAAUUCCAUGUAUUCUCCUGUCGUGAUCGUUAUAAUCCAACUAUUUUACCAUAUAACGUGACUGAAAGAGAUUUGCGUAAUAUCAACUAUGAUCCGAAAAAACGUACAAUAUUUAUUAUACAUGGUUACGUAGAUUAUUAUACUCAAUUCAAGUGGAUGGGCGAUUUAAAAGAUCUUAUUCUACGAGCACAACCAUGUUCAUUGAAUGUUAUAGCUGUCGAUUGGCGUGGUGGUUCAAUUCAUGUGAACUAUUUACAGUCAUCAUCCAAUACCAGAUUGGUUGGUGCUAUAAUUGCAAAAUUUAUUGAAAAAAUGAACAACGUUUACAAUACAAACAAUGAUCAUUAUACAAUUAUGGGACAUAGUUUAGGAGGACAAAUUAGUGGUUUUGCUGGCAAACGUUUACGUAAUCCGAAAGUACGAUUGAUACUUGGUCUUGAUCCUGCUGGUCCAGCAUUCAAUGAUGUUAGCGAAGACGGUCGUCUAGUUCCGAAUGAUGCAAAAUUAGUUGUAUCCAUCCAUACAAAUGGUGGUAAGAACUUACUCGAUGGCUUAGGCACACUCACCCCGUCUGGUCACUAUAAUUUUUUUCCCAAUGGGGGUGAAACACAGCCCGGUUGCGAUUCCGUUUCCGGAAUUGCGGCACCAUUGACAAAAGGAGUAUAUGAAGGAGGACAAGAAACAGUAGCUUGCUCGCAUCUAUUUGUCACUUAUAAAUUAAUGAAAUAUGAUGAAUUGAAAGAUGAUGAUUUCGAAUCAAUGGGUUAUCGAUGCAAAAACUAUGAAGCAUUUGAAGCUGGCCGCUGUGGUACCUGUCGUGAUGGUUCAGAUGAUUGUAAACCCUUUGGUAGAUGGUUUGAUUGGUGGCAAAAACAAAAAUUAUCAAAAGAAUGGCGAGAACCGAUCAUCUAUUAUAUUGAUACACAGAAAGACCAACCUUUAUCAUAUUUUUUCUAUCAGAUCAAGCUUCGUACCGGAAAUUCCUUUCCUACUUUUGAUGGUCGAUUAUCCAUGAACAUUACUGGCAGUCUGCGAAACGAUUUCAGCGAAAAUAUUCUAAUGGAUAGAAAAUUUGAACCAAACAAAGAAUAUACCUAUUUACAUAAAUCCAAAAAAUCACUUGGUCGCAUUGAAUCAGUAGAAGCAACAUUGACAAAUAAGGUGUUACCGAAUGUGGUUGCAGUUAGUAUUGAUAAAGCUAUUACCGCGAUUCCAGGUAUAAACAGUGGUCUCUCUAGUUCAACUAAUAGUCGAAUUAUUGUCGAAGAGAUUCAAUUUAACUAUAUGAAUGGCUAUACUGAAAGUAAACGCCGUUCCCUAUCAUCAGUGCUGAAAAGCCGCAAUGGACCUGUGGAAAUAACAGGCAAAGAUAUCACACAUUUUACCGGAUCCAGAUCAUCCAACUCAAUAAAUCAAACUAAUCAUAAAUGAAACCUAUGUGGGAUGAUGAUCGAGAAUAAUCACCACCAAAGCACAAUGAUUGGUUAAAAUUGAAAAAUUUAACUAAUAGAUUUUUGAAUAGGAUUUUAUUCGUUAAAAUUCAUGUUCAUGAAUUGGUUAUAGCCAUUUGAAUCGCUCAUUUCCAUUGAAUACAUUCAUAAUCAAGAAAUGAAUAAAAUAAGCAAUAAUCAAAAAGAACUGUUGAAGAGAUUGCCACCAAAUCAUUCACACUUUCUUUUUUUUUCAAUGUACCUAUUAAUUCAAA